CCGUUAUAGCCCCGGGGUUUGGCGGUAAAUCAAGAUGUCAGUUGUAGACAUCUUUCUUAAAUAUCAAGAAGAGUUGGAUUUGAAGCAUGAAAAGCAAGAGAGACUGGUCAAGCUAAGUCGUGAUGUCACCAUUCAGAGCAAGAAGGUCAUUUUUCAGAUCCACCGCCAUUUUGAUGAGAAAGAAGAUGCAGGAGAGAAUAAAAACGAGGACAUAUUGCGGGAAGCACAGCAGAAACUAGACUUCAUAAGAUCUAGUCUAAUUAGAAAAAUCACGGAGGAGAUACAAUUUGAAGACGUGGGGAAAUUUCAUAAGUCUUACAGCAGCGGGAUUCAAGAAUAUUUAGAGGCUGUAAUGUUCCUUUAUUAUAAAAAGAAUGGCAGGCUAGUUUCUUUUGCAGAAGUACAGAAAGACCUCAUAUACAGCAAUGACGAAGCCAGCAGUUCCGACAAGAAUUAUUUAAAGUUUCCCCUUUCAGUCACUGAUUAUGUACUUAGUAUAGCUGAUUUAACUGGUGAGCUAAUGAGACAAGCAGUGACUGUAGUGUCUAAUGGUAAUACAACACUCCCUUUUCUCAUUCUUCAUUUCCUCCGAGAUGUACAAACCUUCUUUCUGGGUCUCAAAUCUACCGGUAAUUACAGCUGCAAGAAAGAGUUGAGUCAAAAACUGAGCACUCUUAAUGAAUGCGUGACUAAAGUAGAGAGAGUCUGUUUCCAUAUUAGACUAAGAGGGUCUGAAUAUAACUUUAAAUUCAUGCAAUUGGAAGAGGAAUUUAAUUAAUCAAAAUUAAUUAUUAUUACCCAUAAUAAUUAUUAUUAAGCAAAGUUGUAGGCUUGAAAUUUAUGCAAUUAUGAAUUCUCUUCUAAGCCGA